AUGGCAGCGAACUCUGUAAAAGGGCCCAAUGGGAAGCAGCCCGCGUCGGCGGCGACCAAUCUGAUCGCUGGUGGAGGAGCUGGUAUGAUGGAGGCCCUCGUGUGCCAUCCGCUCGACACGAUAAAAGUGCGGAUGCAGCUUUCGCGGAGAGCAACAGCGCCAGGCGUCAAACGCCGCGGCUUCCUAAAAACCGGUUCCGAAAUCAUAAAGCGCGAAACCCCCCUUGGCCUCUAUAAAGGCCUGGGCGCCGUGCUCACGGGCAUCGUGCCCAAAAUGGCCAUCCGCUUCACCAGCUACGAGUGGUACAAACAGCUGCUCGCGGCGCCGGACGGGACCGUGAGCAAGAAGAGCACCUUUCUUGCUGGCCUAGCCGCCGGCGUAACCGAAGCCGUCGCUGUCGUGACCCCCAUGGAAGUCAUCAAGAUCCGCCUGCAAGCCCAACACCACAGCAUGGCCGACCCGCUCGACGUGCCCAAAUACCGCAACGCGGCGCACGCGCUCUACACCGUCGUGAAAGAAGAGGGCGCCGGCGCGCUGUACCGCGGUGUGUCGCUCACGGCCUUGCGCCAGGGCUCCAAUCAAGCCGUCAACUUUACUGCUUAUAGUUUGUUCCGGCAGAAGCUGCAGGAAUACCAGGGGACGACGGAUCUGCCCGGGUGGCAGACCAUGUUUAUUGGGCUGGUGUCGGGCGCGAUGGGCCCGUUGUCGAAUGCGCCGAUUGAUACGAUUAAGACGCGUUUGCAGAAGACGCCGGCGGAGUCGGGGGUGGGGGCCGUGCAGAGGAUUUUGGUUAUUAUGCGGGAAAUGUGGAAGCAAGAAGGCAGCCGCAGUUUCUACAAGGGUAUCACGCCGCGCGUGAUGCGUGUUGCGCCCGGCCAGGCUGUGACGUUCACCGUGUACGAGUAUCUGAAGGGCUUGUUGGAGAAGAAUCGGGAUAUGCCCCCGGCUGGGAAGUAUGAAGAAUAG